CCCCAGCUCAACCACCUGCUUGGUGAAGCGUGCCAUGUUUAGCUAUGCCGUGUCCUUGCUGGGUGGUGAGCUGAAUGGCUCCAGCUGACGCAAUGUGACGAAUAAAUGCUCAAGGUUUGGCCGUGGGCCAUCGUCCAAGUGCAUGUCUUGUUGUCCCAAAAACUGCCUGAGCCACUGCCUUUAUUCCAGAAACUGCCUGAGCCCCGCCUGAGCGACUAUGACGGCUUGAACAUCUUCAUCUACAACUUGCCAAACCGCUUUCAUGCUGACGUCCACCAAAAGGUGGAGCGGGCAGCAUAUGAGGCGGGCAGCAACUGUGAUUGGAUGAGAUCUGCAUGUACUGAGACUGCCGCCGUGCAAGGAUGGAGCAUCAAGCGGCAGCUGGGAAUGGAGGUGAUUGUUCUGCGGAAGCUGUUGGCAAGUCCCCGUCAUGUCCCUGCAGAGGAAGCUGAUCUUUUUGUUGUCCCUGCUCUGAUUGGCACCAACUGCGCUGCUGGCACCUACAACAGCAAUUGCAUCACGCCCGCGGACCACAUUCAGCAAGAAUUGCUGCUGCACUUGCCACACUACAAUGCGGAGACCAGGCAUCGGCAUGUCUUCUUAGCCUCGCUGGACAAGCGAUCCUUGCCUAUCGAGAUCCAAGCGCAGCCGCUCUUAGUGUCAAUGGGCGCAUCCUAUGGAGAUCACCCUGGCCAUUUCGUAGU